CUCGCUCUCCAUCCACCUUCUCUCUUGUUCGCUAGCUAGCUCAUCUCGCCCUGCCGGACGUGGUUCCUGCCUUGGCAUAUGCAUAGCCACCUGGCCUGCAGCGGCUGCAAGCGUCUCGUCCAGUACCGCCGGGGAGCCGCCGGCGUCCGCUGCCCAAGCUGCGACGCUUUCACGGCCGCCGCCAACCCAUCAGGGCCGCCGGAGAUGUCUGAGCUGGUGUGCGGCGGCUGCUUCACCAUGUUGGUGCACUCCCGCGGCGCCGCCAACGUGCGCUGCCCGCACUGCGGCAGGCUCAACUCCACGAGAUCAGGGAACCAGAUGGGCCACCUGUCGUGCGGGCAAUGCCGGACCACCCUGGCGUACCCGCCGGGCGCCACCACCGUCGGCUGCCCGACAUGCCGCAACGUCAAUCCGGUCAGGGAUGCUCGGGCGGCGCCGCAGACGGUGCUGGUGGAGAAUCCCAGGACGCUAGACGAGAAGGGCAAGCUGGUGAGCAAUGUCGCCGUCGGCGUCGCCUCGUGGAAAAGAUGACCAGCAGGCGGACGGCGGACCAAGCAGACCCCUCCUUCCCGCGCGCUAAUCAUCGUCCCAGGGGUUCGCCUACAGUACUAGCAGACUGAACUCUUCGUGGACUUGCUACUACUACUACUACCGUCGUCGUCAGCGAUUAACGGCAGCUGAUGAUGUGAAAUCAAGUGUGUUUUAAAGCUUGAUGCUAUAUAAUACAUAUGUUUUAAAAGUGAUCGAAUUAGCUAGCUGUUGAGCAGCAGCAGCAAAAGAUCUGCAGCAACAACCCAAAAAAA